CACUGAUUCACAUCUCGCCGCGGAACACCAUUGAGAGGAACAGAACACAAUACAGCAUGUUCCUACUCCGAAUGAACCAUUUUAAUGUUUAGAAACCGUAUUUUGUGUGACUCUUUCACGUAGGUCAUUGAGUUGCGAAUGCGCUCUUCAUUGAGGAGUAGCGGACUGGCGCGAGCGCGUUAUUAUUAAUCAGCUUUCAUAAGGCGCGCGAGCUGGACACUUCUGUCAGACAGGUGUUUCGACCGUGUUUCGACCACCUGCUCUGGUACCAUGAUGUUAGGGCAGUCUCCUCACCUUAUCGGGGGAAUCCUCUGGAUUCAAAACCCAAUGCGAGCUGUUCACUGCAAUCUGACCCAGAAUGGGAUUGACCAUCAGGUGUGUGCAGAGGAUGUGACCUCACACCUGGAGGAAGUGUCUGUUGAUCAUGGACUGGAUGAUGACAGCCCAGGCUUUCAGGACCAGAGUCCUGGUUUCCAGCGACGAUCUCCACCUCAGCGCUCCAUCUCAGAAUCUGAGCUCUCCAGGCCGGGAACUGUGAAGCUGUCCAAACCUGUGGCUCUGUGGAGCCAGCAGGACGUGUGUAAAUGGCUGAAGAAACACUGUCCCAAUCAACACCAAGUCUACAGUGACUCCUUCAAGCAGCACGACAUCACAGGUCGAGCUCUGAUGAGGCUCACUGACAGGAAGUUGGAGCGUAUGGGCAUCAUGCAGGAGAGUCAGAGACAGUACAUCCUACAGCAGGUUCUCCAGCUCCGUGUCAGAGAAGAGGUCCGCACUCUGCAGCUGCUCACGCAAGCCUCUCUGGAGAGUUCACCGUAACUUGAGCAUUCCAGGAGAUCCUCCGUUCCUUGUCCAUCUUCUCAGACAUCCACAGCACACACCAGAAUGCGGUCUUCCUUCAGUCUACUUCUCUCAAAACUCUCCUAAAGCAGAUCUAGACCCUCCCUCUGAUCAAAACAAUCCUAAAAAAGACCCAACUGAUCUUCAGUAGCUCUUUACAGCAUAUCAGUUCCAAAUUCGAAGAAUCGCCUGGACUACUGAUGUUCCCUUUUGGACAAUGUAAAAGACUUGCUGCUGAAUUGUCUUGUUUGUUGUAUGUAAUCCUGAAGUGUAGCACUUUAACCUCUUUCUUCCUGCCAGUGUUCAGCACACACAGCCUGUUAGCAAAUCUGACUAGCAUGAUGUUCAAUGACACGCCCUGGACUUCCUGCAGAUCGAUCGAUCUAUCUAUCUAUCUAUCAAUC